AUGUGUAAAAAGGUCAAAUCCAAGCUCUCAGAUCAAGAGCCCUGCAUCUUCCACAUCGGCGGCUGCCCAGCCUGGGUUGAACAGGAGGUCUACGCAAAUCUCGUGCUCCGGUUGGCCGCCAAGCGACCGCGCAAGCGUGUCGGCUCUCGUCUCGCCCCCAAUCGGCCUCGAUCGAGUGGCUUUUUCGCCUCUUCUCCCUCCGCGGUCUCGAGUCUGUCCGUCGGGGCCGGUAGCGCAGCAUCUUCUCUGUUGGGCAGCAUGGUCGCGGCAGCCUCAAGCUCCGGUACCGGCAGUAAAAAUGGCGUCUUUCAGGUGUGGUUGGGCGAAGAACGCCACCUCUGGGGCCGAUUGGCCACAUUCCGCGGCCAAUUGGUCUCCUUGGCCAUCUUCACAGAUGCCCUGACAGACGCCACACUUCAAGACAUCCAUCACCAGGGACCGGUAUCACGGACCGCCCUGUUGGACGCCGAGGCGCAGUUGAUGGUUGGAGUGCCCAGACCAGGGCCAAUCUCGAUCGGCUCUGCGACCGCGAGCCUCCAAUCCACGUCUUCCGACCUCCUCGUCUCCAUCGCCACCGCCACCACCAUCACCAACGCCAAUGCUAACGCCAAUGUCGACGCCAACGUCAAGGUUGAUACCGAGGCUCGUGACAACGGCGUCGAGAAUUGCAUCGAGGCCGCCUCGGGACCCGUGGAUCGUAUCAGUGCGGCUCGGGAGGCCACUCGUUUUUUGAUCUACUACGACGCGUCGGCGGUGGAUCGCAGCAUCGCGAGUCCGUCUGCUCACUGCCACGACCUCGUGGCCGGACUGCUCGGCUUGCCGGCCUUCGAGUCACGCAGUUCCGGCAGAAAUUCGUCUGCCCGCCUUGACAACCAGUCUUCGGGCGUCGGCUCUUCUCGGACACUCGGCUUUCGGGGGUCGGGCCGGACUCGCGCUAAGGCAUCUGAUGCUGCCAGAGCCCAAAAACGUCUGUUCGGAUACUGGCGCAACGUGCAACAACCCAUCGGCUUGCCUGCCCGCAUGAUCGGUGUGAAGCAGAUGACUGUCACCCGAUUCCCG